AUGGAGACGCCGUAUGGAGUGCUGGAGCUCCUGCUGGUCAGCGCCGAGGGGCUGAAACAUGCGCAUCACUUAGGUCCGUCCGUGGUUGCUAUCCUUUUCUCAGAAUCUCUAAUGACUCUUGUAGCAUCUCACUGUGCUCACCCAUGCAGUUCUGCUUGCGCGUGCGCAGGGCCGCAGAGGCACUACGUAACCAUCCAGUGCGGCGAGCUGAUCCGCACCAGUAAAAUCACACAUGGUAAGCAUAGGAAGAUUUGGUGGAACGAGAAGUUCAGGUUCCCGCUAUCACCCGUCGAGUGCAGGGGGUUGUUGGCAGAGGUCACGCUCAAGAUCAUGGAGAGAGACAAGUUCUCUGAGGACAGUUUGGUUGGCGAAACCAGAGUGAACGUCGGCGAUAUCAUCAGGGAGGGCAUCGAGAGAGAGUUCCUGCAAAUGAAGCCUGUCCCGUACAACAUCGUGCUCCAGGAUGGCACCUACAAGGGAGAGCUCAAGCUUGGCCUCAAGUUCCUCUCCGGCGUGAGGACACUCACUAGCUGA